GUUGCGGCGCUCAGAUGGAGCGGACUUAGCGGAAGUGAAAGAAGUGGGCCCAAACUCAGACCACAAUUCCAUCCGAUCCGAUCCGAUUCGAACCUUACCGUUCCCAAACGAACCGGCGGUGGAGAACGCGUGGAGACAGUCGAAGGCGAACGCUGCGAAAUUGUUACCGCUGCGCAUGCGCAGACUGGCCGUACUCGUACUUGUUGUUGCGCUGGCUCGGCUUAAUUACUAGCGCCCCCCGCUAAAAAGUUCCCCCCAUUUUAGUGGUUUGUCUGCAUUUUUCAUCGGGCGCCAGUGUGUGUGUUAGUGAGUGUUAGAGGCCAUCUCUCUGGGAAAACAUUCUUCCCGAGCGGAGCUUUCUUUUUGUGUAUAACAAAAGAGAACUAGGCAAAAAAAACAAACAAACGUAAACAAGGCAUCGCGAACUUGUGCAAUCCAUCGACAAAAACAAAAGACCCGCGCGGUGGUUCCCAAGCCACAAAAAAACAACACUGCUGAAGUGCAAUUUACAAGCAGCGCCCAAAAAACACACAAAAAGAAAAUCGAAAUGGAAGCGUGGAAGCAGCUGCCAAACGAGGGGCGUUUUCUACUGCUUCUCCUGAUCUGCAUCUCCCACUUGGGCCUGCCAAUCUUCGCCUGGCGCCCCUGUCCGGAGCUCAGUCCCGCCCUCCGUCUGCCAUGCAGGUGCAAUGUGGUUCCGUUUGCGGCGACUGGUCAACUGGGAGCCGUGGCCAUGGACUGCGAUCGCGUUGUCUUCCACGGCGACGCACCGCAACUGCCUUAUGGAGCGCCCAUCGUGGCGUAUACGCAACGUCACAGCGGCCAACAGGUGCUGCCCGCCCAGACAUUUGGACAAUUGAAGCUAACCAUUGAGGAGCUGGACCUGUCCUAUAAUUUAAUCCGAAGGAUUCCCGAAAAAGCUUUCGAUGGUCUGAAGGAUUCACUGAACGAGCUGCGAUUGGCAAACAAUUUGUUAGGCGACAACCUGAAUCCCAUCUUUUCCACCGCCGAAUUGCACGUGCUGAAGAACCUACGCAUUCUGGAUUUGUCCGGCAACAAGAUAAAGCAAAUUGAAGAGGGUCUGCUCAAGGGUUGUGUGGAUCUGAAGGAGUUCUACAUCGAUCGCAACAGCUUGACGGCAGUGCCCACCAACUCCCUGAAUGGACCAAGUGCCCUGAGACACCUGUCGCUGCGCCAAAACCAGAUUGGAUCUCUACUUCAAGAUUCAUUUAAUGCGCAGCGUCAGUUGGAGAUCAUCGAUCUCCGACACAAUAUUAUUCGGAGUAUCGACAGCCAGGCCUUCAAGGGACUGCAAAAGAUCCGGGAAAUCAAGCUUUCCGGCAACCGCAUCAGUCACCUGAACAGCGAUGUUUUUGAGAAACUGCAGUCGCUGCAAAAGCUAGAUCUUUCCGAGAACUUCUUCAACCAGUUUCCCACAGUGGCCCUGGCGGCGGUUCCCGGAGUUAAGCACCUGAAUCUGUCCUCUAAUAUGCUACAGCAAUUGGACUAUACCCACAUGCAGGUUGUCAGGACUUUGGAGAGCCUGGACAUCAGUCGCAAUUCCAUAACCAGCAUUACACCUGGAACUUUCCGGGAGAUGGGUGCUCUUAAGUAUCUGGACCUCAGCUUGAACUCUUUGAGAACGAUCGAGGACGAUGCCUUGGAGGGUUUGGACAGCCUGCAGACUCUCAUCAUUAAGGACAACAAUAUCCUCUUGGUGCCGGGAAGCGCUCUUGGUCGCCUGCCUCAGUUGACAUCCCUUCAGCUGGAUUUUAAUCGCGUGGCGGCUCUGUCGGCGGAGAUCCUUGGAUCCUUGCAGGCUGGCGAUAUAACCACGCUGUCCCUAUCCAGGAAUGUCAUUAGGGAACUGCCGCCCGGCAGUUUCCAGAUGUUUAGCAGCCUGCACACCUUGGAUCUUUCCGGAAACUCCUUGGCUGUGAUCAAUGCGGACACUUUUGCGGGACUGGAGAGCACUUUGAUGGCGUUGAAGCUAUCGCAAAACAGGCUUACUGGAUUGGGAGGAGCCCCAUGGGUUUUGCCAGAGCUAAGGAGUCUGGAUCUGAGUGGCAACAGCCUUACUGAAUUACCCAUUAACAUAUUUGAGGAGCUGGAGAACCUGCAAUCCUUAAACCUAAGUGGCAAUCAUCUGACUCCUCUGACAGGAGCUCUCUUCAAACCCUUGGACCGCCUGCAAGUCAUCGAUCUAAGUCGCUGCAAUAUUCGCCAGAUAAGUGGUGACCUCCUAUCCGGCUUGCAGGACCUCAAGCAGAUUUACCUCAACGACAACCAAUUGCAAGAGCUGCAGGAUGGCAGCUUUGUCAACCUGUGGAACAUUAGCUCCAUUGAUCUGUCCCACAAUCACAUUGCAUCCAUUCGCUCCGGGGCCUUUGUGAAUGUGAUGAAGUUGCAGAAGUUGAAUCUCCGCGGGAAUCAGUUGUCUGCCUUCAAGGGAGAGUACUUCAACACCGGAACGGGAAUAGAGGAAUUGGACAUUUCGGAUAAUCAGCUGAGCUACCUGUUUCCCUCCUCCUUCCGCAUUCAUCCCAGAUUGAGGGAGAUUCGAGCGGCCAACAAUCGGUUUUCCUUCUUCCCGGCGGAGCUGAUUUCCUCAUUGCAAUAUUUGGAGCACAUAGAUCUGUCCCACAAUCAACUGAAAACCAUCGAGGAGCUGGACUUUGCCCGCCUGCCGCGACUUCGCGUCCUGCUCGUCUCCAGCAACCAACUGGACAUGGUCAGCGAGAUGGCCUUCCACAAUUCCACGCAAUUGCAGAUUUUGGAUCUGGCUCACAACAAUCUGGAUCGCAUUGGAGAGCGGACAUUCGAGGGAUUGGUGCGAUUGGAGCAGCUCAACCUGGAGGGCAACCGGUUAUCGGAGCUUUCGGACGGAGUCUUCGAGCGCUCCAAGCUGCAGAUGCUGGAGAAUGUCAACCUGGCCCACAAUCGCUUCGAAUAUGCUCCGCUGAAUGCCCUCCAAAGACAGUUCUUCUUUGUUUCCUCAGUGGAUUUGAGCUAUAACAAGAUCAAGGAAUUGCCCGGAGAUGAUAGCAUUAUGGUGAACAUCAAAAGGAUUGAUCUGUCCUUCAAUCCUUUGAGCACCAAAGCAGUGCACAAUGUUUUAAAUGAGCCCAAAACAGUGAGGGAACUCAGUUUGGCGGGCACGGGUAUUGAGCAGCUGGAACUCCUGGAGACACCCUUCCUCCAGUUCCUGAAUCUCUCCCACAACAAGUUGCGCAACGUGAAACCGGAGGUCUUCCAAAGGGUGACCCUACUGGAAACGUUGGACCUUUCGGGCAAUAUGCUGGAAUCCCUAGACGAUCUUUCCGGUGCCUGGCCUCAACUGCAGGUGCUCCAAUCCCUGGAUGUGUCCAAUAACAGCUUUGAAAUCGUCUCCCAGUCCAACUUUGGCAAGCUUGAGAUGCUCCGCUCGUUGCGCUUGAGCCACCUGCCGCAGUGCACCAGGAUUGAGAAGAAUGCCUUCAAGCAGCUGCCCAAUCUGGUCAACCUGGAGGCCUAUGAUCUUCCCCUGCUUGGCUACCUGGAUCUGCAGGGCAUCUUGGAACUGCUGCCUGGCCUGGAACUGCUGGACAUUGAAGUGAAGGACGCCAGCAUCGGCAGCGAACAGAUCCAGCCGUUGAAGCAUCCGCGUCUGAGGAGCUUGGGAAUCAGGGGAGAACGGCUGAAGUCCAUUUCCUCGGGUACUUUGGCGGGUCUGAAGAGCAACGACCUGAGUGUGCAGCUGAGGAACACCUCCCUCAGUGCCCUCCCGCCGGCGUUGCUGUUCCCGGUGCCGAGAUCCUCCCACCUCAACCUGGAUGUGGAGGGAUCCAAGAUCACAGUGCUGGUGCCGCAGUUCCUGAACGCUUUGGAGGAUCGCCGAGCCAGUCUGCAGCUGCGGGGAUUGGCCAGCAAUCCCGUUGUGUGCGAUUGCAAUGCUCGGGCUCUGCGCCGUUGGCUGCCCACUUCCGGAAUGCCGGAUGUGACCUGUGCAUCGCCUCCGUACCUGGUCAACCGGAAGCUCAUCGAGGUGGGAGAUGAUGAGCUGACGUGCGACGCCCGACGCAUGACCUCCUCCACCUCCAGACCCACUGCCCCAGUGCCGCACCUGCUGAAGACAUCCAGCCAGCUGGUGACCAGGAGUAGCUCCACCACCGAGGAGCCCCUGAUCAUCUGGAGCCUGGAGCCCACACAGCCGCCCAGUUUGAAGAAGAUCAAGACCAAGGCGCCACUGAUGAAGGCCCAAUCGCCGAUUAUCAGUAACGACGACACGCUCAUCAUAGGCAUCGUGGGUGGAGUGGUGGCCUUCAUAGCCAUACUCAUCAUCAUUAUCUGCAUCAUCCGGCUGCGCAUGAGCAAUGUGGAGUACCAGCAGAAUGCGGCCAUGAUAGGCAUCCCGGCGGCCAUGCAGAUGGGUGCCCACAAUGCGGCCUACAACUACAAGAAUGGAGCGGGAGCAGCGCUAUAUGCGGUGCCGCCAUACCAGGCCAGCUACGCAACUCUGCCGCACAAGACGGCCUCCAUACACCAGUCCAGCCAGAAUCUCUCCCAGCGCCAGCAGCAGCAGCAGCAGCAGCAACAGCAGCAACAGCAGCAGCAGCAACAAGUUGCUGCGGCGGCAGCGGCCUACUCGACCAUGUCCCGCAUGUCGUACUUCAGCGGAGCGGGCGGCGGAAACGGCGAUGGAGCCGAAAGCCUGACGCACCAGCACCAGCAUCCGCACCAGCAUCAGCAUCAGCCCUAUAUCAUUUACUCGGAUGACAAGGCCUACAGAUAAGCCCCUUGGAUCGAGGGGCCUCUUCAUCUUUCCCACUCCUCCACUCUGUCCAUUUCAAUCUCAGUCAGUCAGUCAGGCGCAUCGCCGCUAAACAGGUUCUACAUUAUAUCGCCGCUCUCAGCCAACGUUGUAUAUAGACUUAAAAAACAUUCUAACUGUAACCCUAACUAUAUCUAUGUCUAACCAUAAUUAAGUGCAAGCAAAUCGCUUAUGCGGAAUAAACAAAUCUAGUAUAAUA